CUUCACCGUUUCCAAUGAAGCUUUCUCGAGAAUGACAAUCAAUCUCUUCUCCGUAGUUUUCUCGACGAGAGUCCGAGGGAUCUUCUUCGGCUUCCCCUCCUCUUCCUCUUCGUAGUCGUUCCUGACGCGUUUAGUCGAGCUCUCUUUGCCAGAAGACAUCUUUGACGACACGUGGGUGCGCUGCAAAUAGAAUUCGGGUGCGCAUCAGAUGGAGAGCGAGGUGCGAGUGAGAACCUUCUCGGAGGUUUUCGCAGGACAAAAAGUGGAAUUCUACAUAUUGUGCAUGAAGCGUAGCUUUCUACUAUGGGCAGGAGUUGAUGGUUCAUUUUCUACUCUUUCGGUCGCCAUGAACACUAGAUUUGAAUCUGAUCCUGUAAGUACCAACUUGCUUGGAGAUUCAAUAAAUGCUGCAUCCAGUAGCCUUUCAAAACGACUAGCCAAAAGAACUGGAUGUCAGUGUUUCGUCAGUCUCAACAUAAAGGACCCCACACUGUGCAAGUUGGCAGAAGAGCACAUCAUUAGACUGUACGAGAGGGACCCUCACUUGUUUUUCAUUCCAUAACACACAUGCAUUAUGAUAACCACUAAACACGGAUAAGGAGUUCUGUAUAUUGAGUGACUGAUAACAAAUCCUAUAACUUGGGAGAAUGGUACAGAGAAGCUAUAGCUGAUGGUAAACAAGCAGUUCAACAGUGUGCUCCAGACAGCCUCUGUCCGCUCACUGUGCUUUUCCUAUCAGAGACUCUGCAGCGUAGAUAGGAUAAAGAAAAGAGAUAGACUCAAUCGUGCAUGAAUGAUAGUAGUAUGGCCAUGGGAAAUGCCACUGGGUGGUUUACCAGCUGGUUCUGGCUUGCCGGCCUUCCAUCUCGUCAGUUUGAGAGUGCUCUCUUCCCGCAGUAGAGCAGCUGCACGAAGAUCAGGCUUCAGUGCCCUCCGCAGAAGUCGAGCACAGAUGGAAGAAUAUUGUAGGUAACUGCAGGUAAGGGAGAAGUUGCUAGUGCUGGUAAAACAAUCUUGAUGUGUAGAGAAAAGGGGUAGAAAAUGCAUCAUAAUUAUCAUGAAUUUUCCUUACUUGAGUCCGGCGUUUCUCCAGUAAGUUGUCAUGUCAGCUGUCUUCUCGCCGGCUUCGCAACGUGAUAAAAUGCCUAGAAAGUGAGACUUGCCCUGCCACUGAACUCCUCUCCAA